GUCUAGGACAGCACCAUGGUUAUCUUUAAAUCAAGGCAACCGCCGAUUGACUUACCAACCGAGCUCACAGACUGGGACUGGCUCUUCGACUCCUCCUACUCACCUCUCUGCCAAUACCCGGAAUCCGAACUCGCUGGUUUCCAGAACGCAAUCACCAAAGAGCGAGUAAGCUGGCGCGACGUUAGAGACUGUUCAACUUUCAUAUCCACAGCGCUCGUCAAGAAAUACGGGCUCAAGACUGGCGAAUCCGUCUCCUUGUUUAGCCAAAACACAGUGUGGUAUCCUGUCGCCAUGUUCGCUGGCUUGCGUGUCGGGGCGAAGAUUUCAGGUGCAAGUCCAGCGUAUAAUGUCGAGGAAAUGACAUUCGCACUGAAGACCGCUGAUGCGAAAUUCUUGAUGACGACUCCAGGUAGUAUGGAGGUUGCUGCCGCUUCCGCAGUGGCUGCAGGUCUCCCAAAAGAAAACGUUUUCUUGCUUGAGGGGCAAGUUCCCGGGUAUACUACCAUUCAGGAAUUGAUUCACGUUGGGAAGAGCUAUGGGGAAUCCGGACAGACUCCCGCGUUUAAGCUUCCACCGGGGCAGAAGAACAAAGACGUCUGCGGGUUUCUAUCUUUUAGUUCCGGCACUACGGGAUUACCCAAGGCAGUCAUGAUAUCUCACCAGAAUGUCAUUGCACAGUGUCUUCAGAUACAGCAGAUCACGCCCGUUACGCAGAAGAAAAUCAUGGCAGUCCUCCCGCUGUUCCAUAUCACAGGUCUGGUCCACCAAAUGCAUCUUCCGAUCCUUCUCAACGCCGAGGUUAUCAUGCUGCCGCAAUUCACAAUGAAAAAGAUGCUCGAUAUAAUCGUGGAGUAUAAGCUUGGGGAACUGCUCAUGGUCCCACCAAUCCUUAUUCGGCUCGUAAGAGAUCCGAUAGUGGACAAAUAUGACCUAAGUCACGUAACACGCUUCUCCUCCGGUGCAGCUCCCUUAUCCGAAGAAAUCAUUCAACUCCUUCAAAAGAAAUUCCCAGGGACAGGCUUCAAGCAAGGCUAUGGGAUGACGGAAUCGUGUAGUUGCAUCACAGCCCACCCACCGGAGAAAUUCGACUACAAGUAUGCGCACUCCGGCGGCGCAAUUGUAGCAUCCACCGAAGUCAAGAUCCUCAAACCGGACGGGGCUGACGGCGGUAUUGGUGAGUCUGGCGAGGUGCUGGCUAGGGGUCCACAGGUGGUUAUGGGAUACCUGAAUGACGAGAAGGCAACAAAAGAGACGUUUGAUGAGGAUGGGUGGCUGCACACAGGCGACCAGGGUGCAAUUGAUGAGGAGGGAAUGAUUCACAUACAAGAUAGGAUUAAGGAGUUGAUCAAAGUGAAGGGGAUUGGAGUUGCACCAGCCGAACUCGAAGAUCUACUGCUGGGACAUAACAAGGUUGAGGACGUGGCCGUGAUGGGCAUCAAGGACGAUUACAGUGGAGAGUUGCCGAAAGCGUUUGUGGUGCUUAAGCGGGGUGUCGCUGCUGACGGCGCCGUGGGUAAGGAGUUGAUUGCGUUUGUGAAGGAGAAGAAGGUGCGGUAUAAGUGGAUCAAGGAGGUUGAGUUUAUUGAUGAGAUCCCGAAGAGCGCGAGCGGGAAGAUUUUGAGAAGGGUGUUGAGAGACAAGCAGUUGGGUGCGGAAAGAGGGACGAUUAUCAAGGAUGGGGUUGGGGAGAAGGCUAUGCUGUGAUGCAGUGAUACAGUCUUGUAGAACUCCUGGUAUACGCAUCUAAACACUCUUGUACCCAAUGAAGAUGCGAUUUCUCGAUCACCUGCCAUGGCUGGGCAAUACGAGUGCCUGCCGU